GUCAAUAGUUGGUUGUGUAUUUUGUUUUCCUUGUGAAAAUACAUAUUGCAACGCAGUAUCAAAAAUGAGCCAAACAUUAUUUUAGCUGUUGAAGUUUAUAUUAUAAAAUCUUUUUCCUUUUUGUGUAGUUUUGAAAUUCGUAUUUUAGUUUAUCGCUCAAGUGAUCUCUCUCAUUAAGAUAUGUUUCAUCAAACGGAUAGCUGCUUAUUUCCGCCUCGUCAAAGAUUUUUCAGGAAUGAUGAUUUCCAAGAUGAAUUGAACAACUUGUUCAAUAAAAAGUUUCAGUUCCGCUUUCAUAGCGGCUGGAAGUUGCCGGAAAAGGAAUCUUGGUUUUCGACCCCGCCAUGGAAAGUGAAGCAAUUAGAGAUUUUGAAAAAUCGAUUAAAUUUUCAUAAGAGUCAGUUAAAUGACUUUAAUAUUGAGGAGUGGAGUAGUCACACGCGGCGCAGGAACCCUGCGGGAGAGGUCGGCUGGAAGAUCAGGUGUCUGGUGAAUCCAGAAUUUCUCACCCAAGCAUGGACGAAGUUCUACGAAUGUGCGUGCACGUACAACAUUAUACCCCCGGAAGCCACCAUGGAGAGAAAGAUGGUGUCGCUGCAUCUUUGUGAAGCACCCGGAGCAUUCAUUACAUCACUCAAUCAUUACUUGAAAUCUAAUCAUCAAAAUAUUGAGUGGAAGUGGGUGGCCAAUACUCUGAAUCCAUACUAUGAAGGCAACUCUCCAUCGAACAUGAUCAGUGAUGACCGUUUCAUGUUCCAUACCCUGAACAACUGGGACUUCGGUGUGGACAGUACAGGGAACCUCAUGGACUGGGACAACUCUCAGGCUAUCAUAAGAAAAGCCAAGUCUCUAGGAAAGGUACUGCUGGUAACUGCAGAUGGAUCAAUUGAUUGUCUUCAGAAACCUGAUGCUCAAGAGGAAGUUACAUCUCCACUUCAUUACUGUGAAAUCAUUACUGCUUUGCAGGCUCUCAGUCCAGGUGGCACUCUGAUAUUUAAGUUAUUCACACUGUUUGAACACUCAACAGUCAGUCUCCUGUACCUCAUCAACCACUUGUUCAGUGAAGUGAACAUAUACAAACCGGUUACCUCACGUCAGGGCAACUCUGAAGUUUAUGCCAUCUGCCUCAAUUACAAGGGCAUUGCCAGCUUGGAGAAGUUCCUGCCUACACUCAAGUCUGCCUAUGGCACAGAGCUAUAUGGAAACUUUACCUUGUUUCCCCUUGAAGCUAUACCAGAGACUUUCCUCAAACAGGUGGAGGAGUGUGCAUGCUAUUUCUGCUCUAUCCAGUGCCAAGUAAUCAACAAUAACCUCCAAGCCUACCUCAUGCAGAAAAACAUAGCACUCCACAGAGACAUUAAGAAAAUACGAGCUAUAGUUGCUACAGAAUUCAUUUGGCAGUAUGACCUGAAACCCUUGGACAAUGACCAAGAGAUUCUUAAGGGAAUCCUGCAUGAAGAGAACAAAAUCAAUAUGAAUCCCAGAUAUCACCGUGGGUCAUACACAGAAAGGCAGCUCUACACUAAGAUGUCACUCAGGGAAAAGCUGAACAAUUUGAAUUCAUUCCUGCAAGCUGAAGUGCUGUCCAAUCCAUUGAUACUGAUUAAUGAACCCAUCAAAUGGGUACAGUUCUAUGAUGAAAGCUCAGAAUUAAAACUUAUGUUUACAUAUGGUUGUCCUUUACAGAAAAUUAAUAGCUCAAAGUUUAUAUUUGUACCUAUAUUCAAGUUAUACCAACAGAUUUUAGCAGAAGAAGAGUUCAAGGAGAUAAUAUUUUGUAAAAAUACUCCAACUACAGAUAACACUAGAGACUAUGGACUUGAGAUAAAUAUGAGACUGUUGCUUCCAGAAUAUGAGCAUUUAGAGAGUUACCAUGUCUUUGAAAAGAGGUGCUUCAAGAUGCUCUUACAAAGCAUACAGAAGCUAACAGUGGGACAGAGCCUGUUGAUUCAGAACAUCAACAUGCUGACACACUUCACUGUCAGUGUCAUGUAUAUUAUUUCCAAAAAAUGUUUUGAAAAGGUUGGCUUCACAUCUCACGAUACUAUUAUUUUCAAGAAUCUGGCAAACAAAGCAGCACUGAAAUACCUAGAGAUGGUGGACAGUGAGUGCGAGAAGGUCAGAAGUAGUGGCACUAAAGAUGUAUUGAACUCCCUCAUGGUACAGACCACCAAUGUUGGGGACUUCUACAACAGCAUUGUUUUCUACAACAACACAUUCUAUCGAAACAAAUGUUUGGAGUACCUUACUAAGAUUGAAACUGUAAUCUAAAUUAUUCUGUAUUUAUAACUGUGUGUACUUGAAGACUAUUUUUUAAUAUUUUUUAUUGUUAUAAAUGUUCUUGUUCUGUAAAUCCUAUUUUACAUACAUUUAAA